CAGGCAGUUUCGAUUGUAGGAUCGCGUAAAGCGCGCGCCACCAUGCAGUCCAGCCGCAGAUUAUUAUUCGCGCAAAUAAAAAAUAUUAAAUGGCAAAGGCAUCUGUCACACAGUGCCGUAUUAAAUAAUGAUUAUGAAAUAAAAUCGCGUUUAGGUGAUAUAAGUAUACCUAACACUAGUUUCCUGGAACAACUGUGGCGGGACUCUUCGAAAUUUAAAAAUCUUGUGGCUCUGGAAAGCGCAGAGACUAAGAAAGCCUACACAUAUGAUCAGCUUAUGAAAAACAUGGCGGUCUUCGCCACUUCACUUCACAAGAAACUUGGUUUGAAGUUCGGUGAUGUAGUGGCAAUUAUGCUUCCGAAUUCUCCCGAGUUCGUCGUUGUGGCUUUUGGGAGUUUACAAGCUGGCUGUGUUGUCACAACUCUGAACCCUAUCUAUAAAGAACAUGAGGUAGAGCAUCAGUCAAAUAUUACUCAACCCAAGGUCUUCGUGACCACACCUUCACACUACGACACCGUUGUAAAAGGCCUAAAAAAUGCACAAAUCGAAGCUAAAAUAGUACUUUUAGAUAAUGCAAAUGAACAAAUACCAAAUGGGACGAUUAGAUAUAGUGAAAUUGCAGAAAAAGGUGAAGCUGAUUAUUCGCUGUUAGAUAAAAUUGAUAGAAAAGAUGAUGAUAUAGCAUUUAUACCAUUCUCCAGUGGUACGACAGGCUUACCCAAGGGAGUGGAAAUAACUUACAAGAACCUUAAAGCUAGUAUCGAAAUAAUGGGUAAUAAGGAUAAUUGCUAUGCGAAAAUGGUCGAAGGAAACGUCCAGGAUAUUGUGCCCUGCAUUUUGCCGUUUUUCCAUAUCUACGGCUUAGUGAUCACCUUGAUUGGCCAUUUGACCAAAGGAUGUAAGAUGAUCACGAUGUCCUCUUUCUCAGCUACCCUUUAUCUUAAUCUAUUGCAAACGGAAAAGGCAAGUCUGCUGUACGUUGUACCACCGAUAGCUAUUCUUCUGGGAAAACAUCCUGAUGUAAACCGAAAGCAUUUCAGAAAUGUUAGACACAUAGUAUGUGGUGCUGCGCCAUUAGCCGCGUCUGAUGUAGAAAAUAUAUUGGAAAAAGCUAAGACAAAAAUUGAGAUUAACCAAGGAUUCGGAGCAACGGAAACCUCUUCGUUGACAACCGCAACGUUGAUAGGUCAAGAGUCUUAUGACUAUGAUUCCUGCGGUGAGGUCUUGGCAGGUAUCACGGUGAAAUACGUGGACCCGAUAACCGGCGAACCUGUUCCUGUUGGGCAAAAAGGAGAAAUGUAUGUCAAAGGCCCCAUAGUAAUGAAAGGAUACCACAAAAAUGAAAAAGCUACAAAGGAGAGCUUAACAGAGGAUGGAUUCUUCAAGACUGGCGACUUGGGUUACUACAAGCCCGGUGUCGGUGCUUACAUCACUGAUAGAAUAAAAGAACUCAUAAAGGUGAAAGGCCUUCAAGUAGCACCAGCUGAACUAGAAAGCGUACUUCGAUCUCAUCCGGCAGUACAAGAAGCUGGCGUUAUAGGUGUACCUCAUGAAUUCUUCGGAGAAGUGCCUAAAGCUUUCGUUAUUAUAAAGAAAGAGUUCAAAGUAACCCCCGAUGAGCUUCAAGAGUAUGUAGCUAACAAAGUUGCCUCUUACAAAAAGAUAGAAGAAGUAGUGUUAGUUGAUAAUAUUCCUAAGAAUUUAACUGCGGCGUAUUGCUUGCUUACCUCUCAAACUGUACCUGAUUUCCGAUCACGACCACUCCAUCAGGAGUGUAAAGACUUAGAAGAAGCUUACUUAAUAGUACUCAGAUAAUCAUUUAUCUGAAUACUAUUAAGUAGGUAUGUUCUUCUUUUAUGAGAUCUCUUCUAGCCAAUUAAGGAGCUAAGCAAGUGACAGUUGCAUAAUUAUCUAUCUCUAUAAUUAUCAUGUUAUAAUCAAAAAGAAGGUCUAAUAGCGAAAUCAAUAUCCUAAUAAUGUAAGCUAGUCAAACAUCCAGGCUAACACAAUUAUAAAUAUUUUGUUUUUGUUAUAGUUUCUUAUCAUUUUUAGUACACAAUAAUUUGGUAUUAUAAUAAAAAGUAGUUUUAUACCUAUAACUUUUAGCAAUUUCAUUGUUUUUAUUUCAACUCAAUAUCUACCUAUGUAAUAUGAGACACUUUAUGUUGAUCUCUGAUUGUGCUCAGCAUUAUAUCAGCUUUAUUUUUAUAUCUAAGAAAAAUUAUAAAUAUGAUUUUAUAAAUUAUAAUUAUGUUUCUUUAAAACAAUUUUUUUUUAUUCAAUCUUCAUAUACAUCGCUGAAGGAAAAUUUGUAUAAAAAAUUAAAGUUACAUUUUAAGUAUCAUUCAAUAAAUUAUCUAAUUUAAGAUUAUUGUAAUAUUUGUUAAUGUAUGUAUACAAAUAAUUAAAUUUUUAUUGCAAAAUAUAAUUUCAACCAAAUGAGUCGCAUUUUGAGAUUUUUUUUUUAUUUAAUGAGAAAAUAAUUUAAAAAUACACUUUGUCUCUGGCGCUCUGAGAUGGGACUCGUUUCAUUCGG